AAUUCCAGUGGCAGUAUGGUUGACACCCACUCAGUCACUGAUUGAAACUGAACUUUGUCUAUUGCUUAAUAUAGCUAGCUAGAUUUUAUAUUUUAUACUGUACUAGAGAAUGGCUACUGUAACUCUAUUUCUCUGCUGUCUGUUGGGAAGUGUUUCUCUUGUGUAUGGACAACAGAUUUCAAAUUCUUUGGAUCGACUGGCAGCAUCCAAUGAGCCCGAUGGCACCGACCAUACUGGAGAGAUCAUCUCGUUCUCUGAUGUUGGAUCAGGAGUUGGUACUGAUCCACGAGCCUGGUAUUGCUACACUGACCCUGGUGGUGCAGUGUGGCAGGGUCCUGGUGGGAGUGACGUGCCCAUAGUUCUCAACAGGGCUGCAGUUGAGAAUGAACUAUUCAUCAGUGGUGUUAAUAAUCCUGAUGCAGUUGUUCUGCAUCGUGGUCCCACACACUUCAGUCCUGAUGGAGAACACUGCUGUGCGAGGAUUGAAAUAGGCGGUGUCACUGUGCCGGUUAUGGAGGUUGUGAGGAGAUGUGUCACCUUCACUCCCUGCCCCACACUGAGUCCCCUCACUAACUCUAAUGGAAGGAUUUCAUACGACCCUGACACCAACAUAGCCACCUACGGCUGUGUCACUGGGUACACACCAACCAUCAUCAGUGGAACAGCACAGAGGACUUGUCAGAGUGAUGGUACUAGUGCUGGUACCUGGACUGGAACAGCAGCUACAGUUACUUGUGCACUUGUGGAUUGUGGCUCCCCACCCACCAUUGACAAUGGCUCUACUGGAGUACCAACUCCUGGCACAACCUACCAAGGGACAGUGACCUACACCUGUAACAGUGGGUAUGAGGUAUCCAAUGGAGUCAUCACAGCAAUGGCUAGCUGCGUGGCUAGUGGGACCUGGAAGCCUAUACUAAUUACUUGCACAGCUGUUGACUGUGGUUCUCUGGAGGCCCCCUUUAAUGGAGCAGUGGACACAUCCUCUGGAACCACCUUCAUGAUGACUGCUACCUACAACUGUAACACUAGAUACAUUCUCAAUGAAACUGUGACUAGAACCUGUCAGGCUAAUGCGAUGUGGAGCCUCACUGCACCCACCUGUACUGCUCUGUGUCCUCGUGAGCUCCUCUCCAAUGGAAUGGUGACGUACUCCACUUCUGAUGACCCUCCACUAGUUGGAGCAGUGGUCACUUACUCUUGUGACACUGGCUAUGAACUGAGUGGUGCUAGUACGAGGAAUUGUGUGGCUGUCAGUGGAUGGAGUACAUCUCUGCCUGUUUGCAAUAUUGUUGACUGUAUUGGCCUCCCUAAUCCAACCAAUGGACAAGUCAGUACAUCAUCUGGAACCACCUUCAUGAUGACUGCUACCUACACCUGUAACACUGGAUACACUCUCAUUGGAGCAAACACUCGGACUUGUGGUGGUGAUGGAAGUUGGACUCCAGAUGCUCCAACCUGUUUACAGUUGGUGAUCAGCCCCAGUGGUGGUCCAAUGGCUGGUCAGAGUUUCUCCCUCAUUUGUUCCCUGACUGGAGGAGCCUCUCUACAACUCACCCUCUCCUACCAGUGGACGAGGGAGGGAGGGUCACUCAUGACCAGCACAGCAACCCUCAACUUUGACACUCUCUACUUGUCAGACGCUGGUCAGUACAGCUGUCAGGUCAUCCUCACCUCCAGUCAGCUUGAGAGGGGAUACACUGUAGCUGCUCACUACACAAUUGAGUUCAUGAGCCUGCACAUUCAACUUCGUCUGGGAGAAAUAACAAACUGCAGAGUGUACACUGAACUAGAUGCUGAUGUGAAAACUAAUGACAUCACCAACCGUCUAAAACAAGGCAUUGAAAGCCAGUGUGCCUGUGGAUUUAACUCUUCCCUCAUUUUGAAUUCAUUCUUUGUUUGUUUCGAUGUCUCCCCUAGUCAUGUGACCUACCGAGCUGUGCUGACUGGAUCAGAGAGUGUAUCCACCAUACAACUGGCUAGGCUAAUGAAACAGUGGAUUGAGAAUGAUCCCAUCGUUGUGGUGCAGAGGGCAGGUCUCAGUGUGACUAACAGUUGUCCGGUUGUCAUUGCUAACCUCAAUAGUCCGAAGUGCCCUGAGGACAUCACUAAUCAGACGCAGGUGGCUACUCCAACUUCUUCUAUAGCUACUCCAACAUCUUCUAUAGCUACUACCUCACCCACACAGAGUGUAGUGGUCAAUGUUGGUGCAGUGGCUGGUGGAGUGGUUGCUGGAGUCUUGGCCAUUGCUGUGCUAGUACUGAUUGUAAUAGUGCUGGUUAUGUUGAGGCAAUGGAGGUCUGGAUCCCAGGACAUGAGUAAUGAGAGGACAGACAGCCAACCAACAGAACUACCCCCAGUUGUGAUGAGUCAUCUCCCCUCCCAUGAUUACGAGGGGUUGAGCGAACUACAAGAGGAGGCUACCUAUGAGGUGGUGGACCAGCCACGCCCCCUCCUCCUGCAGACUACCAGCUCUCAGCCUGUGUAGCUUAUGCACCCACUGACUUCAACACAGAGAACAAGUAGACACUAUAACAACACAUGUGUGUCACUGUUGUUUAUGAAUGUCAAUUAUAAUGAGAUUCAUUUUUUCCGCAUUCCUUAUUAUAAGGAAUGCGGAAAAUGAAUCUCAUUAUAAUUAAAUGU